CGAAAAGCCCGCCAAGAUCUCGACGGCGACAUGGCCGACGUGGACGACCAACAACCCUUCGUCAGGUCCAAGAACAAUGAGUCAGCCGCGCCGUUAGCAUCCGAUCCGCGGGUGGAGUACAUCAAGCGUAUCCUCGAGUCCGCUUACCGCUCGUCGAACCUGGACACUCUGCGUGCGUUCUUUGCGUCCGAAGCCACGACCCAAAAGGUGACCGAGUUCCUUCUGUCAAGCGAAACGCGUGUGUUGCUCGUGUCGGAGACGAGUGUGAAUCGAUACUGCGUUUACAACGCUAUCGCGCCGUCCAUGUUUGUGAAGGAGUCGCUCAACGUGCUGUACAUCGUAAAGGUCAUGAAAGGACCUGUGAGCAUGGACAAGUACACGUCCGAGCUGCUUACGGGCACGUUGACGCGGAAUCUGCUGGAAACCAUGCAUCGCAUGAUGGUGGAUGUGUUCGUGCCGCUGUCCACCCAUCCCACGAACCAACUGGCGUGGCCAGAAAUGGUCGCGACGUCCAUCACCGACAACAUCCAGACGUUCAUGUCGAGUUUGCAGAUCACGCUGGGGCAGACCAAGGGCGAGACGUGUCUACCGUUGCCCCCCGAGACGAAAGCGAGUCCCGAAGAAGUCAAGUUGAAGGACCAAGUCCACGUACUCGAAGGAUGCUUGAUCAUCUGGACCAAACAGAUCAAAAACAUCUUGAAACUGGACCCGGAAAUGCUCUUGAGCCACCACGCCAAGGACAAAACCCCUCGGAACCCCGGACCGUCCGAAGAAAAUCGAUUCUGGACCGCCAAAGCCCGGAAUCUCAACUCGAUCUUUGACCAGCUCCAAAGCGAUAGCAUCCGAAAGGUGCUGCAAUACCUGGACGUGUCCAAGAGUACGUACAACAUCCCGUUUGCAAAACUGUGCAAAGAAGUCUUUCAUGCCCGCGCCGAAGCCAACGACAACGUCCUCUUCCUCGCGCCGUUGUUGCCAUGGUUUGACAAACUAGAACACGAAGCCGACUUCACAGCGCUGGUCGGGAUCUUUCGGCCCAUUUUGCAUUCGAUUCUCCUCGUGUGGAAAUGGAGUCGGUUUUACAACUCGCCGCCGCGACUGGUGGUACUCAUGCGGCAAAUCUGCAACGAGCUAAUUCGCAAGGCGUUUUCGUUUAUGAAUGGCAAGCAACUGUUUGACCUGAUCGACGCCGACGACACGUUGAAAGCGCUCGACAGGCUCAAGACCACGCUACGAGUAUGCGCAGCUUUCAAAGCCACGUAUUUUGACUACAAAGCCAAAGCCAACGUCGAGUGUCCGCAAAACCAAUGGCGCAUCCAGAACAACGCGCUGUUUGUGCGGUUGGAUGCGUUUCUCGAACGGUGCCACGACGUGUUGGAGCUGACGCAGACCAUUCUCCAGUUUGGCAAGCUGAGCAAAAUCGAGGUUGGAGGGACGAAAGGCAAGACGCUGACCACGUCCGUGCACCAAAUCUUUGCGGAUUUCCAGGAAACGGUGGCGGUGGUCAAGCACGUCCAGUACGAUCUUCUGAACAUUGACGCCAAGGGGUUCGACGAUGACUUUUACGAGUUCCGGUCCAAGAACAAGGAGUUGGAGCGGCGGCUGGCGUCCGUGGUGAACCAAGCGUUCGACGACUCCAAGUCUAUCACAGGGCGAUUCAAGUUGCUCGAUUCGUUUGACGAUCUCUUGGAACGCCCGAUCAUCAAGAACGAACUGGAAAAGAAGCACGCGCUGCUGAUUGCAUCGUACAGUGAAGACCUGCAUGUGGUCCAGCAAGUGUUUAUUGACAAGCGGGAUGUGCCGCCCAUUGGCUACAACUUUCCGCCGUUUGCUGGCGCCGUGACGUGGUGCCGGGGGCUGCUGGAUCGAGUGGCGUACCCUAUGGAGAAGCUCAAGCGGCUGAACCGAUCGGUGCUGGAGCGGGAAGACUCGAAGGAAGUGAUCAAGAUGUACACCAACCUCGUGGCGUCGCUCAUGGAAUACGAGACUGCGACCGUGAAAACAUGGGCGCAUUCGAUUGAAAUCUCGUCCAAGUCCAAGCUCAAGUUGCCUCUGCUGCGAAAAGACGCCGAAACCGGACUGGUGUUUGUAAAUUUUGACCCGGCACUGGUCCAAUUGUUGCGAGAAGUCAAGUACUUUAUCGUGCUCAACCUGGAAAUCCCCGAAGAAGCUAUGACGAUUUACCGAAAAGCCGAAGUGUUUCGACGCCAAACAGGCAACUUGGACCUGAUUGUGGACAUGUACAACCGCGUACACACGACCUUGUUGCCCGUGGAGCGACCGUUGGUCAAGGGCCACUUGGACAAGAUCGACCAAAUUCUGUCACGGGGCAUCCGGUCGCUCAAUUGGAAGUCCCACGGCAUCGAUAUGUUUCUCAAAGACAGCAUGACGGACGUCAACGAAGCUACGGCGUUGCUCGAUGCGAUGAAAGCGCAUAUAGCGCGGGUCCAAGAGUUGCUGCACAACUGGAACACAGGCCUGUUGUUUGAGCGGCGGUCGAAACCGCUGAGCGUGACGGAAUUCACGGAAUCGCAACAGCCGCUUCGAGCGGCCAAGUACGUGGUGAUCAAAGAAGGCGGGAAUGAGAUCCAUCGACUUCUCAAGGACACACUCAAGAAGCUCAAAGUAUCGCAAGGAAGUCCAGACUGGCGGUCGUACGUGGAUUACAUCAACGGCAUCGUCGAAGACGGCCUCGCCAAGGUCGUUCUCACGUCGCUGCGGUACAUUCAGUCGCAACUGAACCCGGCCAACAUUGACGCGAACGACUUGACGCCGAUUCUCGAGAUCGAGCUCGAUUUGUACGGCAAGGACAUUGUAUUUGUGCCGUCCGUGGGGUCCCUUCCCAGCAAAAACGGUGUCACCGACGUCGUGCACACGUGGGUUGAAGCCACGUUCCAAGUGGCGUCGCUGUUCAAGCGGCUGGACACGUCAGAAGGCACGUACUUAAAGGAAAUGCGCGAAAACCCGGAAAUCCAGCGAUGUGUGGCGGAGAUCCACAGCGCGUGCCUGGCCAACGAAGCCGCGUGUUACACGUACAAGAAGGAGCUAAUGGCGUACGAGUACUUGUGGUCAACCGACUUAAACGCGAUGUUUUCAUCGUUUCUCGAUACGGCGUGGGUGCCAGUGGAUCCGGGCGUGGCAAUUGUGGGGUCAUCCGACAGCAAGAACGCCGUCGACAUGUCUGGGCCGUUGCUGCACUUGGCCAAAUUCGACGACAAGAUUCAAACGUGCUUGACCUUGCAAAACGAAAUCAGCGAGGCCAAGCACUCGCGGGACAUGUGCUUUGUGCGCGUGAAUUCGCUCCCAAUCAAGCAAGCGCUCAGCACGUGGGUGACCAAGUGGGUGUACAUGUUUACGCAAUUCCUGCAUGACCGCGUCGUGAACCAGCUCACGUGGGUCGACUCAUUCAUUUCGAACGUCAACACGGGGCUGGACGUACCCGUGACGGACACGGCGACUCUGAUGACAUGCAUGGGGCACGUCCAAGAUGUCCGCCGGCUCAUGGCAACCAAACAGGUGAACUUUGGACCGAUCCGAGACACCGUUGCGCUGCUCAAGCGCCACGGAAUUCACUUGGACGUGUCGUAUGUGGGCAAAGAGACUGCGCUUCAGUGCUUGGAGCAGGCGCCGCUGCGAUGGGACUCGAUGGUAAACAAAACGUUCAAGAAGAAGGACGUGAUCGCGCCCAUGCAAAACCAGGCGGUGGAAACCAUCAAGAUCGACCUGCUCGGGUUUGCCAAGCGCGUGCAUGCGUUCCGCGACGAGUUUCUGUCCAAGGCGCCGUUUACGUACGAAGGCGUGGCGGUGAUGCUCGGCCCGACGGCGCCGCUGGAGCAGGUCGUGGCCAAGGCCAUGGAAGUUCUGGCUAGUGUCGACGCCCGACUGAACGAGAUCGAAGGUGAUGCCAACCGGUUUGGCCAGCUCGAGGACAUGUUUGAGCUCGCCGACACGCAAUUCGACGGGCUCAACGUGUGCCGCGUUGAGUGGGGACUCCUGCACAGCGUAUGGACCAUGUUCCACCGCACCACAUCCACAUUCGAGUCGUGGCAUGGGCUGUCAUGGCAAGACGCGAAUAUGGAGACGCUCAUGGAUAGCGUCAAAGAUAUGACGGCGGUGAUGCUCAAAUGUCCGGCAAAGGUCCGUGACUGGGCGAUUUAUAAGAAAAUGGAGACCGAAUUGAGUCAAAUGGCGGCCACGCUGCCGUUGAUUGAGCUGCUGCACUCGCCCGCGAUGCGCGAACGUCACUGGAAGAACUUGCUGGUCGUGACCAAGAAAAGUACGGCGGCUAUGGCGACAUGGACGGUGCACAUGGAGAACGUGCAUAUGGAGGACCUGUUCCGACUGGAUUUGUACCGAUUUGACAUCGAGGUGCAGGACAUUGUCGAGGUGGCGACGCGCGAGCUCAAGAUCGAAACGGACUUGUGGACGAUUUCCAACGUCUGGUCCACGUGGAGCUUUGUGGUGGUGCCGCACCACGACACGACCAUGAUCUUGCAAGCCAUGCAAAUAGACUCGAUCGUGGAGAUGCUAGAAGAGCAGCAGCUGGCCCUCCAAGCCAUGGCCGGACAAGGCAAGUUUGUCGAGUACUUCCGUGACAAGGUGCUGUGGUGGCAGCAAACGUUGGGUAACGUUGAAACAGUGCUCAAACUGUGGUUCACAGUACAACAGACGUGGCUGUCGCUCGAGCGCAUCUUCAUGUCGUCCGAGGACAUUCGGUUGCAACUGCCUCACGACACGAAGCGAUUCGAAGGGAUCGAUGGCCAACUCAAGGAACUGUACACUGAGAUCCAGGGGCGACUGGGCAUCUUGGACACGUGUGGCAACGCCAACCGCGAGCCCAUGUUGAAAGACUUGUUUGCUGAGUUGGAAGUGUGCCAAAAGGCACUGAAUCAGUACCUGGACGGGAAAAAGGACAUGUUUCCGCGGUUCUACUUUGUGUCGAAUGCAGCGUUGCUCGACAUCCUCAGCCACGGCAACGAUCCGUUGAAGAUUCAGCCACACUUGACCGACUGCUUCGACGGCAUUCGGUGUCUCCAGUUUGAAGAAGUGACGCAAUGGCCGCUCACGGCCGUGUCAGCCAUGUCCAAAGAAGGCGAGAUGAUUGUUUUCCCGACUCCUUUCCUCAUCACUGCUGGCACAGCCGUCGAGUUGUGGCUGCAUGACUUGCUCUUGGUCAUGCAAAGCACCCUCCGACGCAUCGUGCAAGACGCGCUGGAAGCGUCCGCCGCGUGGGGCCUCGAAGUCGCGCGGCACGCGUGGGUGAUGGACUACCCCGCGCAGUUGAGUUUGCUCGGCUCCCAGAUUAUUUGGACCGAAGAGUCGGAGAAGGCGCUAGAGGAGCUCGAAGGCGGACAAGAAGACGCGCUGAAAAAGUACUACGAAGUGUGCAACGCCCGGUUGGACGACUUGAUCAAGUUGGUGCAAGGCGAGCUCACCAAGCUGGACCGAGUGAAGAUCAUUACCGUCAUCACGGUGGACGUGCAUGCGCGAGAUGUCAUUCAAACGCUCGUGGCGAAAAAGGUCAACUCGGUACUGGAUUUUACGUGGCAGUCCCAACUGCGGUACUAUUACUUGGACCCGCAAACGACCAAGCAAGUCGCUAUUCGCAUCUGUGAUUUCCGAGCGCUAUACUCGUACGAGUACAUUGGCAACUGCGGACGACUCGUCAUCACGCCGCUGACUGAUCGCUGUUAUGUCACCAUGACAACGGCGUUGCGACUGUACUUGGGGGGCGCCCCCGCUGGCCCCGCUGGCACAGGCAAAACGGAAACAACCAAAGACUUGGCAAGGGGCAUGGGCCUCAUGUGUUAUGUGUUCAACUGUUCGGAUCAAAUGAACUACCAAACGAUGGCCGAUAUCUUUCGGGGGUUGGCUCAAACUGGCGCGUGGGGCUGCUUUGACGAGUUUAACCGCAUCAAUGUCGAAGUGCUGUCUGUGGUGGCCACUCAAGUCAAGUCGGUGCUGGACGCGAUUUCGUGGCUCGCGGUUCCCGGCAACCGGGAACUCGAAUACCAAGGCGUCCCAGCCGGCACGCCACCGUUGAAAGUGGGCCUGUUCUACUUCCAAGGCAAGAAAAUCACAUUGGUGCCCACCGUGGGCUUCUUCAUCACGAUGAACCCUGGGUACGCUGGGCGUACCGAACUGCCGGAAAACCUCAAAGCGUUGUUCCGAUCCUGUGCCAUGAUUCGUCCCGAUGUGCAGCCCAUCUCCGAGAACAUGCUCAUGUCCGAAGGGUUUCUCCACGCCCGCUCCCUUGCCAAGAAAUUUGUGACGCUGUAUCAGCUCAGUUCAGAACUGCUCAGCAAACAAGUGCAUUACGACUGGGGGUUGCGCGCCGUCAAGUCGGUGCUCAUGGUGGCGGGUAGUCUCAAGCGCGCCGACCCCACCGCGCAAGAAGAAACCAUCCUCAUGCGCGCCUUGCGUGACUUCAACGUGCCCAAGCUGCCGCUUCGAGACGUCCCUGUGUUUCUCGGCUUACUCAAAGACUUGUUCCCUAGCGCAGUGGUCGAAGCUUCGCCAGAGUCCCCGCUUAAAGCCCAGUGUACCUCGGUGUGUCUGGCCCUGGGCCUCCAGACCGAAGAUACGUUUGUGAAAAAGAUGGUCGAUUACGACCAACUGCUCAAAGUUCGCCAUUCGGUCAUGCUGCUGGGCCCUGCGGGAUGCGGAAAGACUACGAUUUGGCGCACGCUGGCGCACGUGUUGAACGUGUCGCAGCCCAAGCCAGUGGUCGUGUACGAAACGAUCAACCCCAAAGCGGUCUCGUCCGACGAGUUGUACGGGUACAUGACAUUGAGCCGAGACUGGAAGGACGGCGUUCUGUCCAUGCUCAUGCGAAGCAUGUCCAAGGAAAGUACUCCGUACACUGCCAACCAACGGGGAAAGUGGGUCGUGCUGGACGGAGAUAUCGACGCGAUUUGGAUCGAAAGCAUGAACACUGUCAUGGACGACAACAAAGUGCUCACGCUGGUCUCGAACGAGCGCAUUCCGCUCACAGAUUCCAUGCGCAUGGUGUUUGAAAUUCACUCGCUGCACAACGCCACCCCGGCCACGGUCAGUCGCGCCGGCAUCUUGUACAUCAACGACACGGACAUUGGGUACCUCCCGUACGUCGAGUCGUGGGCGCAGACGCGCAAGGAAGGCGGAAUGUGGAGCGCUUUGUUCCGCAAACAUGCCGACGCGUUUCUUCAAGUGCUGGCCGAACACAAGAAGGAGCUGGUGUACAUGGUGCCCAUGCCCCCUCUCGCGAUGGUCACAACCCUGUGCCGACUCCUCGAAGGCUUCGUGGCCACGCUCACCGACGCUCAAAAGUCCCCCGACGUGCUGGAAAACGUGUUUUUGUUCUGUGCGUUCUGGGCCUUUGGCGGCGCGUUGGACGCCGAGCCCAAGGACAGCCGACGCGCAUUCAGCCACUUGAUCAAGCCUCUUCUGGCCAGAACGUCGCCGAAAAAAGACAAUAUGAAGCCCCCGUCGACGGAUGGCGACGCCACCUCGACGCCAGGAGGGGGGUCGUCGUUGUCUGUGUUUGACAUGCGCUUGCACAUCGACUCGAACGAGUUUUUGCCGUGGAGCGACGUCGUGCCGGAAUGCGCCAUUGCGCUGGGGGACGUUCCAUUCUACUCGGUUGUGGUGCCGACGGUCGAAAGCGUGCGGCUGCAGUACUUGCUGUCGCUAGUGUUGCCGACUCGCGGGGCUGUGAUGCUCGUGGGCGGGGGCGGCACAGGCAAGACCACGGUCGUGCGCGAUUGUUUCAAACACAAAGAAGACACGAUCAAUGUCGCGAGCAUCCCGCUGCAUUAUUACACGGACGCCGCCACGCUGCAACGCCAGCUGGAAGCGCAUGUCGAGAAGCGAAGCGGCCGCAUGUAUGGCCCGCCGCACCAGUCGUCGCUCGUGUACUUUCUCGACGAUGUCAACAUGCCCAUGGUCGAGCAGUACGGCACGCAAACCGCCGUGGCGCUCUUGCGGCAGUUCAUGGACUACGGAGGCUGGUACGACCGAGUGGAAGUGGGGUACAAAAAAACGAUUCAAGAUGUCCAAUUCGUGGCAUGCAUGAACCACAAAGCCGGGUCGUUUACGAUCAAUCCCCGGCUACAGCGUCACUUUGCCACGUUCGGGCACUUGUUUCCGUCCAAAUCGGACUGCGUUCACUUGUUUGGAACGUUAUGGCACCACCACUUGCAGCCGUUCAGCGACGUGGUCAAACGCAUGGCGAAUGGCCUGCUCACGGCCACGAUGGACUUGCAUGCAGAAGUGCGCGAAUCGUUUCUCCCCACGGCACUCAAGUUCCACUACAACUUCAACCUGCGCGACCUCAGCACGCUCUUUCAAAGCCUCGUGUCCACUCGCCCCGAAGUGUUUACGACGCCGCUGAAAAUGGGCCGCUUCUGGCUCCACGAAUGCACUCGCGUGUUUUGCGAUCGUCUCGUGUCGGCCAGCGAAUGCUCUCGAUUCCAAGACUUGCUGCUCGAACAUGCUAAGAAACACAUUGAAGAGGACGUGGCCGAGCUCAACGCGCAGCCGAUUCUGUUUACGCGCUUGCCCCGGGAACUCGACUUUGUCACUACCACCGCCCCCGUUCCCAUGAAAGACCGCGCCGAACUCCACACGGCGCUCCAAGCAUGUUUGCGCGCGUACAACGACUCGUUUCCUGUCAUGCACUUGGUUUUGUUCGAUGCAGCCAUGGACCAUGUGGCGCGGAUAGUUCGGAUCUUGGCCAUACCGCGAAGUCAUGCCAUGUUGAUUGGCGUCGGUGGCUCGGGAAAGCAAUCGCUUACCAAGUUGGCAGCGUUCAUCGUCAAGUAUCCGUUGGUGCAAUUGUGCGUCAAAGCCAGCUACGGUGUUCCCGAGCUCAAAGAAGACAUCAAGGACUUGGCCCGCCGAGCUGCUGUCAAACCUGGGCAGCCGUUGGUUCUCCUGCUCACGGACUCGCAGCUUGUGGACGACACGUUUCUCAUUUACUUGAGUAUGCUGCUCAGUCAUGGGUCCGUGGCCGAUCUCUUCACUGUGGAGGAAUGCGACACCAUUCUUAGCUCGCUUCGAGCCGAAGCCAAGGCCAACAGCAUCCCCGACUCGCGUGACCAGAUGGUCAACUUUUUCCUCGACCGUGUGCGAGCCAACCUCCACAUUGUGCUGGCCUUUUCACCCGUGGGGGUGGCAUUUCGACUGCGUGCUCGGAAAUUCCCGGCGCUCGUGCAGUGUGUAUCGAUCGAUUGGUUCCAUCCGUGGCCUAAGGAAGCUCUAGUCAGCGUGAGUGCAUCGUUCCUGAGUGAAAUCGAGUGGCCAUCCGCUGCAUUGGCGGACAACGUGAGCCACCACAUGGCCGAGGUGCACUUGUCGGUCAUCUCCGCGUCGGUGCAGUUCAAGGCAAGCCAAGGCCGGUUCAACUACGUGACGCCCACUUCGUUCCUGGAGCUGAUUGUGUUUUACAAAAAGUUGCUCAAGAACAAGCGACAGUCGCUGCAAGGGCUGAUCAAGCGCCUCGACGUGGGCCUUCGGACCCUCAAGAAAACGUCCGACGAUGUUGAAGCCCUGCAAAAGGAGCUCAAAUUCACCAUGCGGAAAGUCGACGACCGCAAGAAAGGCACCGAUGCGCUGCUCGAGCAAAUGGGAAAACAGCGCAACGAUGCGCAGAUCAAGCAAGCCAGGGCCGACGAAGAGCGCCAAAAGGCUGCGAUGGCGGCGGAGGCGGCAACCAAGAUCGAGCGCCAGGCGACCGCGGAAUUGGAAAUUGCACAGCCGGCGUUGAAAGCUGCGCAGGAAGCUGUGAACUGUCUCAACAAGGCCAGUCUCACCGAGCUCAAGUCGAUGCAAAAGCCGCCGGCGGGGGUCGACAGAGUCACGACCGCGGUGCUCAUGAUGAUCAAAGAAGAAACGAAAAACUUCACGUGGGACAACGCCAAGAAGAUGAUGGCCAAGGUCGACGCGUUCAAGAUCCAGCUCGAGCAAUACGACAAGGAGCACAUCCCUAUCGAAGUGGUCCAGCGCGUGGAACCGAUCUUGGAAGAUCCGAAUUUCAACUACGAGAAAAUGAAGUCCAAGUCCGUGGCAGCGGCCAACCUGUGCACGUGGGUCGUCAAUAUCAUGACGUACAACAAGGUUUACGUCAAAGUUAAGCCACUCAUGGACGCCCUCGAAGAGUCCCGCGCGGCCAAGGCAAAUGCGGACGCCGCCUUAGAAAGUGUCAUGGCCAUGGUUCGGGAAGUGGAAGGCCAGUUGAAUGCGUUGCAAGCCUCGUUUCGAGAAGCAACCAACGAAAAGGCCAAGGUCGAAGCCGAAGCCAAAAACUGCCAAGACCGACUUGGUCUGGCCGAACGCCUGGUUCUAGGUCUAGCGUCUGAAAACGAACGGUGGAAGCGUGAAAUAGACGUGUUAAAGCUAGGGGAAGUGUCCCUCGUGGGCGAUGUAUUGCUUGCCGCCGCAUUUGUGAGCUACAUUGGCGCCUUCGAUGCGACCUUUCGACACCAGUUGUGGAACCAAGUGUGGCUGCCAGACCUAGUCAGCCGUGAGAUUCCCAUCAGUCUCCGUCCGGACGACAAAGCCAACUCAAUGGACCCGGUGGCAAUGCUGAGCGAUGAUUCAUCCAUCGCGCAGUGGAUGAACGAAGGGCUACCAGCGGAUCGCAUGUCGAUUGAAAACGGUUGCAUAAUCUCGUGCUGCGAGCGGUGGCCCCUUUUGAUCGACCCACAACUCCAAGGCAUCAACUGGCUGCGGUCCAAGGAACUUCUUCGUCAGCGCACCCUUCCCCCGAUGCAACCCACCGACAAGUCCAAGCUGGAUCAUGAACCAUCCGAGUUUUCUCUGGAAAAGAACAAGAACUCGGACUCGGGGAAAACGUUGAGUCUGGCGAAAAUGAACCGCAAAAAGUCCAUCAAUCCCCAGAAUGGCUUGGAAGUUGAACCGCCGCCAUCGAGGAAGGAUGUGCUCAGGGUGAACGAGUCCGCCAAAGCACCAGAGCGGGUGGCGCUGUCGUUCGUCGUGCUGAAUGCAACGCAAAAGACGUGGCGAAAGCAGCUGCUCCACGCCAUUACGGACGGCGCCACCGUCUUGCUCGAAAACCUCGGCGAGUCCAUCGACGUGACGUUGGAGCCGAUUUUGAUGCGGCAAGUGUACAAGAAGGGCAAAAACUGGUUUGUUCGCAUGUCUGGCGAGGAAGUCGAGUACGACACCAAGUUCCGCCUCUUUUUGCACACGAAGCUGUCGAACCCGCACUACCGGCCGGAAAUCGUCGCCCAUUGCACGUUGAUCAACUUUAUCGUGACCGAAAAAGGCUUGGAGGAGCAACUUCUCAAGCAAGUGGUUAACCGGGAGCAGCCUGUGCUCGAAAUGGACAAGACCAACCUCCAGCAAGCGUUCAACAAGUACAAGAUCCAGUUGCUCGAGUUGGAGAACCAGUUGCUGGAGCGCCUGGCUAACGCCCCCGACGACAUCUUGUCCGACGUGCCCCUCAUCGAGUCGUUGGAAGCCACGAAAGCAACAGCGAAUGAAGUGAAUUCGGCUAUUUUGCGAGGCAAAGAGACCGAGCGAGUGAUCAACGAAGCGAGAGAGAUCUACCGCCCGAUCGCCGCGGAAGGCGCCAUGAUCUUCUUCAUCGUGGUGCUGCUCACCAAGAUUAACCACAUGUACCAGUACUCGCUCGAUGCGUUCCUGGUCUUUUUCUACAAGGCCAUGGACAGCGUCGCGGGGGCCACCUCGGACGCCCAGGAGCGCGUGUCCCUUCUUCGACGAAGUGUAUUGCUGACGCUGUUUACGAUGGUCAGUCGCGGGCUGUUUGAAGAGCACAAGUUCUUGUUCCUCACACAGCUCACGUUCAGCCUGCUCAAACGGGGGUCCAUUGGCCAGUUCAGUGGAUACAGCGACGACUAUAUGAAGUUUCUCUUGCGUGGCCCGAAGGUUGUCUCCGAAGAGAACGUGAUCGAGUGGCUCAGUGAUUCCCAGUGGCAAAUGCUGCAAGCGCUGAUCCAGCUGGACGGGUUUGAAAAGUUCUCGUCCGACCUCGUCGAAAGCGAAGCGCGGUUCCGCGAGUGGUACAAUUCGCCGACCCCGGAAACCGAAAAGCUUCCCCUCGACUGGCGGGAACUGGACAAGGCGCCGUUUUUGAAGCUGCUCGUGCUGCGGUGUCUGCGGUCCGACCGGCUGGGGGUGGCUUUGCACCAAUUUAUCGGCGGCAUCCUUCCGUUUGGAGGCCAGUACUUGAAUUGCGACAGCCAAUUCAAUGCGUUUCAGAUCUUGCAAGAUGCGUUUGGGCAGUCGAGUCCGUCGACGCCGUUGUAUUUCAUCCUGAGUCCGGGCACGGAUGUCGUCGCCAAUGUCGACAAGCUUGCCCAAGUGUACGGGAAACGUAAGGGCGUCGAUUACCACAACAUCAGUCUCGGACAAGGCCAAGAGACGGUCGCUAUGGCGGCGUUGCACGAAGGAUGGAGCAAUGGCAACUGGGUGUUGCUAAACAACGUCCACUUGAUGCCCAAGUGGCUGCUUGAGCUCGACAAGUGGUUCAACAGCAUGCACGACGACGCGGCCAAGGUGCACCCGGACUGCCGCGUGUUCAUCACGAGUGACCCGUCGCCCCUCAUUCCCAUCGGCGUACUAGACAAGUCGAUCAAGUUGACAAACGAGCCGCCCACGGGACUCAAAGCCAACGUCAAGCGCGCCUUAUCUUGCUUUCCCAAAGCAUAUGUCGACGACAUGGAGCCGCGCACGCGGUGUAUUCUGUUUGGCAUGUGUUACUUUCACGCGCUCAUGCUCGAGCGCAAGCGUUUUGGAGCUCAAGGGUUCAAUAUGAGCUAUCCGUUUUCGGCCGGCGACUUGACGUCCAGCGCGACAGUUCUGGGCAAUUACAUGGAGAAUGCGCCGGCCAGAGUUCCGUGGCAAGACUUGCGCUACUUAUUUGGGGAGAUCAUGUACGGCGGCCACAUCGUCAACGACUUCGACCGCCUUGUAUGCAACACGUACUUGCAAUACUUUUUGCGCGACGAGCUCUUGGACGAGCUGAGCAUGUUUCCGUACUUGGACGAUGAUGCCGACGUCAAGUUGUUUUCGGCACCGAAACUCAACUCGUCGUUUGACCGGAUGCUGGAACACGUCGAGAUGAGUCUUGUGGGGGAUUCCACGUUGGCGUUUGGGCUCCAUCCCAACACGGAGAUUCUGUUUAGCACGGAGCUGAGCGAGAAGCUCAUCCAAGGCGCCGUCCUACUCGGCGCGUUCCCGUCCACGUCGUCGGCUGCCGCCGUCGCAGAGCCCGUCGACAGUUCGCAGACAGUCGCGGAGGGAAUUUUGCAGGAUGUGCUCGAGAACUACCGCGACCUGCGCCUCGACGUGUCGGACUUGCUAGCAACAGACAACCCACAUCCGUUCCAAACGGUGCUCGUGCAAGAGAUGGAGCGAAUGAACACGCUGUUGGAGCACAUGACUCGGACGUUGAUCGAGUUGGACCUGGGCUUCCGCGGCGACCUCACCAUGAGCGACACAAUGGAAAAGUUGCAAGACAGUCUGUUUCUGGAUAAAGUCCCGUCGUCGUGGGAGUGUGUGGCGUACCCGAGCAACCGGUCGCUGUCGCCGUGGCUGUCGGACCUUGAACACCGCAUCACACAGCUGCAGGAGUGGAGCUCGUCGUCGGGGGAGUUGCCCCUCGUAAUUUGGAUCAGUGGGUUGUUCAACCCGCAGUCGUUCUUGACCGCGAUCUUGCAGUCCAUGGCGAAAAAGAACAGCGUCGAGCUCGACAAACUCCAGAUCGUCACAGACAUCACCAAGCGCAUGCUGGACUCGCUGGACGCCCCCAGUCGCGACGGCCAGUUCAUUUACGGUCUCAGUCUUGAAGGGGCGAGGUGGGAUCUGAGCUCUGGGAUCAUCGACUCGAGUUUGCCCAAGGAGAUGAGCUGCCCUAUGCCCAUCAUCAACUGCCGCGCCGUCAUGGCCACCCAAAACACGGCUGCCAAUAUCUUUGAAUGCCCCGUGUACCGCACCCAACAACGCGGCCCGACCUACAUCUUCACGGCCCAGCUGCGGUCCAAAUCUCCACCAACCAAGUGGGUCCUCGCGGGCGCCAUUUUAGUCAUGGAAGUGGUGUAGUUGUAGAGAAAUAAUAGUCAUGUUAAUACUCAAU